AUGGAGCAGGAGCCAGCCCACGAUCAGCCUGGCGACAUGCCGCCAGCAUUCUACGAGGGGAUCAACCUGAUUUUGGGGCGCAUCGAUGUCCUCCAACAGCAAGUCGGCGCCUUCGGCGCUCAGGUCGCCGCGCAGAAUGAGACUGUGCAGGCCUUGGCCGACACCUCCAAUCGCAACGGCGGUCUGCUGACCAGGAUCGAGCGCCACUUGGAUGACUUCAACGUCACCCUUCGCCACGAAUUUCGCACGUUGUACGUGUCCGUCGGCGUCUGGUUCGAGCGCCUCGUUGACAAAGUGAUCGAGCAAAGGGAAGUGACCCGGGACACGGCGCGCGACGUCGUCGCGAUCCUGAGGAGGAUGAUGCUUGAGUUAGCGGACAACCUCCGCGGCGUUCGUGCGUAG